CGGCGCCCCUUUUUCCAAUUGACUCCAAUUCAAUUAACUUCACUUAAUUAAUGCACCGUUUACGGAAGAUGAUCCGAAUUUAUCAUUGUUGAAAUAAAUCAGUCGGUUUAAAGGACAAUAAUGGAGUCAUUGUUCGCGAUAUGCGUGUAAACAUUGACACAUAUUUAAUGUUUUCGUCCAUUUUAUUUAAAUUCCCUGGCCUUGAAAUGGGGAUGAUGGUGUUAAGUGCUGGGCUUGACGUUGAUUGAAAGCUUCGAUAACUGAAAGCUCUUAUACGGCGACGAUUAAGUGAUUUUUUAAGCGCGAUAAAGUCACUUCUGACAGACCCGGAAAGUGGAAUCUGUUAUCAUCUGAAUUAUCAAAACACACAUUCGACAUUCUUAGAAAUUUUCCUCAAUUUUUGGUACUCCCGAAAUAAACCCGCGACAAAAAAUCGGCCAUAGCAUGUGGCAGCAACCUAAAUAGACACAUCUGCAACAUUUUCGCCCUCCCCCAACUUUGUUUAUAGCUGUAGCACGUGUCUUAUUGGACAUCAGCACCCUCGUUACGAAAAUUAUGGUUCAUUGUGUUUGUUAAAUAAAGGGAGCGCCUUUUAUUUAUUAUCUCAAACACUCCCCGCGUUUCCUACUGUGUAUGUUAUACCUAUUUGAUUGUCAAGUUUCGAAUAUCAACAUCUGCUUUUGAAAAAACAGAGAAAGAAUAAGACGGGCCUGAGAACAUGUGAAUUGUCUGGCUCUGACGCAUUUAAAAACCGGAUACAGUUCGUAGCUUCCUUUAUUGUUGUUUUUCAACCAUUUGGUGACGAGAAACAAAGACAAACGGCCAAAUUUUGGUGCUUCCUCCAAACGUUAUAACUGGACUGCGAACUACAAUGGAGUCCGGUUGUAACGAACUCGAAAGUGCAUCAAAAUCAGCCCGUUAUAUCUGAAGUUCGCUAUAAGUGUUUUUUAGCAGUUAUUUUUACUUUAUAUAUGAAAUAAGACGAAAUAAAUAAGUAUCCAUUGUAAAAAAACAUGAAUCUCUCGGGAAACAGUAAUAUAGGGUGGCCCAGCUCAGCUCUCGUCUUCUGUAGCUCAGUUUAUUAGUAAAGUUGAAUUUGUGAUAUUUUGUAGGUGUUAUUUUAUGCUCCACGACGUAUUUUAGGAAAUAUUUUUUGAUUAUACAGAGUGUCCAAAAAUUAUGACUUCAACAUAAUAUAUUUUUUAAUGUGAUGCUAUUAUUUUUUUGUGAUCAUUGGGAUACCUUUUUAGCUUCUUACAUGUCUAAACUUUUUUCAAAUCGGUUCAGGGAUUACCUUAACAAAAAAUAAAAACCAAUAAAAAAUCGGUUUUACAAGAUGUAACAGAAUUAUUUAUUAAGUUUGAUUGUAUGACUUACUACAGGGGGUUUACAAUUUACUUCCAAACUUUUUAAACUUGAGAGCUUUUUAUUUUGCUUAUUUCAAAUGGCAACCCCUGUUUAUUUUUAUAUUAUUGAUGGGGAAAUAGAAAGUGAACGUUUUUCCUCAUUACAAGCCUAACGUAAAUCUUAACACAUUCCGAGUUAUUUGAUAAAAACUUGUUUUGUCAUUAAAAAAUAAUAGCAUACUAUUAAAAAACAAUAUUACGUUGACGCCUUAUUUUUUUGGAACACUCUGUAUAAUUAAAAAUAUUGUCCUGAAAUGUGUCAUUGAGUAUAAAUAAUAUCUACAAAAUAUCUAAACUCCAACUUAAAUAAUAACUGAGCUACAGAGGGCAGUAGCUGGGCUGGACCAUUCUGUAUGUAUACUGUGUGAAUCUUAUAUCAGGCGUUCAUUAAUAAAAAAACUCGCAGCAUGCGUUGAAUUUUUUACGUAUUUCUUAGCUAGUGCCCAUGGCUAGUACACAAUUUUGGCAUUGUAUUGUUGGUUGCCUAUUAAACCAGAAUUCAUAACCUGACAUUUUUUUCGUUUCCGCCGGUUUCCACCAAAACAAGCUUGGUUUUUGUGUGAUUGACUGAUUGUUGCUUCUGUUUACCGAACAUAAGAAAACAGUAUUUUUCAAUACUAAAUUUCGUGUUUUCUUGAUUUGUAAUCAUGGUGUAUACCAGUGAACAAAAAGCCUUUUUGUUGGAAAGUUAUUUCCGAAAUGGACAGAAAGUGAACGGUGUUUGGAAAUAUUCAAUUCAACCGUGCCUGGAGGAGUUUCGAGAAGCUUUUCCUGAGGUUGUUAUCGUCUAUGAAGAAUUUAAAAACACCCUUCACCGAAAUGUGAACUUGUUUCGUGGAACUGCGUCCACCUCGCGUAAAGAAGGUAGUGGAAGACCAACUGAGCGAACAGAAGAAGUUAUUCAUGCUACACAGGAAAUUUUGGAGCAAGACCCAAAAACUUCGAUUAGACAUCUGUCUCAACAAGUUGAACUUUCUGUUGGUACUUGCCAUAAACUUUUACGAAAAGAUUUACAUGUGUACCCAUAUCGUGUCCAAUCUGUGCAAGAGUUACAACCUGUGGAUUUUCCUAGGAGAUUACAGUAUUGUCAGUGGUUUUUGGAUAACAUUGCAAAUAACAAUGAACUUUUGGAAAAAACUUUCUUUACGGACGAAGCAUGGUUUCACCUGUCUGGCUACACGAAUUCACAAAACAUGAGAAUUUGGGCAACAGAACAUCCUCAUGAAAUUGUGGAAGAACCUCUUCAUCCAGAAAAAAUAGGUGUUUGGGCAGCUAUCAGCAAAAGAAGAAUUGUCGGUCCAAUUUUCUUUCAAGGAACAUUAACUGCAGUUCGUUAUCGCGAAGAAAUUCUUACGCCUUUUAUCGAAGAACUUCACGAUGAUGAAUUACGAGAAGGUUUGUUUCAACAAGAUGGUGCAACAGCGCAUUGCACAGCAGAAACUUUAGACUUUCUGAGAACGUUUUUUGAUGACAGAAUAAUUAGCAGGAAUACAGCAAAUGAUUAUCCCCCAAGAUCAUGUGAUUUAACGCCUUGCGACUUUUAUCUUUGGCCACGCAUUAAAAAUUCAAUUUUUGUUACACCAAUUCCAACUAUUGAUGAAUUAAGACGACGCAUUCAACAGAAAAUUAAUGAAAUUAACGAAAAUCCACUUGAACUGACUAAUGUGUUAAACAGUGUUCGAAGGCGUUGUGUUAUGUGUGUUGAGCAACAAGGAAGACAUUUCCAACAGUUUUUAUAGUUAAUAAAUAAAUAUUUUUACGAAAA